AUGUUGCCAGGUGAACUGCGCAGAGACGACUAUCAACGGGUAUCCAGCCAAGGGGGGAUCCUUCCGCCCGGUGACUUAGGACAAUAUGAACCCCUGCGCAUCCUACCGCAGCAGCCUGUGGAUCGGCAGGGUUGCGCAGACGGGAACUGGUGGAAGAUGAUUGGGCGAUUUGCUCAACUACUGUGUUGGCAUCCUGACUUCUUGUUUCUGAUGCAAAGCACACCAAUGCUAAGCGAGUCCAGUGUGAGAGCAAGCUUGCUAUUCUCUAUGGAUAGAGAAAUGUUUCCCGAUAUUUUUCAAAAGCGCAAGUGCACUGCGAGCAAGGGAAUCCCUACAGUGACCGCUAUUAUGGAUGCGGAAGGAGUAGCCAAAGCAAAUACUAAAAUAUCCAGCUCGCUAGCACUGGAUGUCGUCUGCAACCAGAUUAUAUCUUAUAUCCUUCGUGACUACAUCUAUUCGUGGUACGCGCCACUUACUCCGGACACAGUUUUCCCGACCGAGCUACACCGACUGUUACAGCAGAUCACCGCCAACUUGGUUAAAAGGAUAUCUCAGGUCAAUUGGAUUCCAUUUUUGACAGAAACACUGUUUAAUGAUCUGGCCUCUCAUGUUCGACUUUACCGUACUAUGCUUGAACAGCAGAAAUUAAUGGGCGACAAAGAUCAAUUGCAACUGUUUUUUGACUGCGAGACGGAAACCGAGAAAACCAUAUGCAGAGAAAACAUAUGCACCUCGGGCGAACAGGAAAAAAAGUAUCUCCGCCGUAUCAGUGAGACACUUUUAUUUUUCAUCCUACCAAAUGAGGAGUAUCGCGUCCCCGCAAUUCGUUAUAUUGCUCGAGAGUUGUUGGUGUCUACAGUGCUUGUGCCGACUAUCAACCUCUUGUCAGAUCCGGAUUUUGUGAAUCGAUCAGUAGCUUGGUUUACCAAAGAUAAUGCCUUCACAAGCGAGUACUUCAUCCAAGCGCUGAAAAUGUCCGAUAGUCCUGAUGAACUGGAAGUCGUCGUUCAACAAACCAAUGGGUUUACGGAAAUGCUUCGUGGCCGCGACACUGGUGGGGAUGACGAUUUGGCCAUCAAGGCUCAACUCGGAAGCUUAGAUUACUUACGCAAGAUUUGCUCGCAGCGACUUGAAGAGAUCAAAGAAGGCGUGAUGGACAAGUCCGAGGCUUUCGUCUACAAUGUACAGCCAGGCACCAAACUUUAUGAUAUGUCCUUCAAGGAGCUUAUGUCUAAAAGUGUGGCACUUAGUUACCGCGAUAGUGCACAAAACUUGUCAGAUUUGGAAAAGACUGAUGAAGAAAUCACCUGUCCUGACCCAUCCAUCGGUACUGUUUGUGAUCUCAUUGCCUCUAGUCCGGAGUCAAAUACCUUUGACCAAGAUCCCGAUCCAGUUGAGUCACCUUCGAAUGAGGAUAACUUGGAUAAUUCUGGUGCGGUCGAAAAUGAUGAUGUCUUUGGUUUGAGUGAUGUUCGUGUUGAAGAUUUUUUAGCGGACACCACUUCUGUCCAAUCUGCUGAUUGCACCUCCGAUUCACUGGGAAUUGAACAACGUUCAGAAUCACCGAAGCCAACUGACAUGGUUCAGGAUUUAAGAGCGUUCGGUGUGCUUUUAUGUGGGAAUCUUCUGAAACAACUACCCACGUCGGCUGAGCCGCUCAUUCAACAAGUGCUCCGAACACUUACAGUCGGUGACAGCCCACCUGAUCCGAACGCAUUUGUUGAUGUUGAGGCCAAGCUCACCGAAAUGCUUUCAGACGCACAGUGUUUCGGAGCCUUCAAGAAAAGCAGUCAGUAUGUUCAACUCUUAGCUGAGUUGGAUUUACUCAAGGACACGUCAGAUCAAGCGGACGCUCAAUCAGCAGCCGAAUCACAGUCGGUUAAUGAAAGUACACCAGACGGCUUGUUCGGUCCAAUGCAGCCUGCUCUCUCCUCCAAGUUGGUUCCGACAUCGCUUCCAGUGAGCACUUCGGCAAUGGACUCUUUUUUGAAUAUUUUCAAAAUCAACAGUCCGGAUAACGAAUCAAGAACUUGUGCGCAAACCAGUACGCCCUUGGAAACGUAUACGGCGGAAAUUAUCCGGACCGAAAUCAUGCGAGAUUCGUACGUUGUCUACACCAUUCGGGUGACGUGCGUGUCUACGGCAACUGGCAGUUCAGAUACUUGGCAAACACUUCGCCGCUUCAGUCAUUUUGCAGAGUUGCAUUCGCUUAUCACUGACAGAUGCGGCAAUAUCCCCAAACUGAAGCUUCCUUCCAAGCGGGCUUUCAGCAACAUGAGCCGAGAUUUUCUUAACAAGCGCCGUCGGGAGCUUGAUGAAUACUUGACGACUUUAUGUGAUAGUGAAUUUCUGACUGCUUACCCAUUGGCACGGGCUUUCGUUGUGGAGUUUCUUCAACCGGAUUCAUGGGAUCGAAGUCGACUGCAGGCUCGCCGGGUGACAUCCCUCCUCAAUCCUCUGCGAACCGUGAGCAAUGCAAUGAAGGCCAUGCCAGAUACGUUAGCAGACGGUUUCUCCCGUAUGUUCCCCGGUCUUCAAGGUCCCGGUCCACUUGAUCGGGGAUAUCGUCGUUCCGCAAGCUUUGACACAACCAAUGUGCCAUCUUUUGGCGAUUUAGAGGCGCUAAAAGCUGGAGGAUACCCCAUGGACUCAUCUCCAAUGGAUGAUAGCCCAAUUGGGAAGCUCUUUCUUCUGGUUGAUGAGAUUUUCAACCUUCAUCAGAAAAAUCACCUUUCUCGGGAAGGAAAUUUCGUCAUUUUACGCAAGAUUUUCCACCCGUUGUUUGGCCCGCGUGUUAAUAAGAUGAUAAUAUCCAAGGUCCGGGAGUAUACGAGUGCGAACCAAAUCGCUGAACUCCUGGCCUAUCUUCGAGAUUCCGUGUGGCCACCAACUGAUCCGACACAGCCACCCAAACAACCCUUGGAACGGUCGCGGGAAAUUAAACUCAGAACCCGUGUGCUCUGUCGUACUAUGUUACUCGGUUCACUUUCUGAGGAAUUGGCUCAAUUCCUGGGCCACGAAACUACCCGUAGAGGUGCCGCUCGUGUGUUUCGUUUGCUGCAGCAGGAAACUUUGAACCGUCGGUUUGUUCACCAUUUACUGCAAGCUAUCAUUCUUCACCUGUUCAGACCAUGUGAAGCCCAAUGGGAAGCGAUAUUUGAGAAGCACCUAUGCCCUCUCCAUACAGGACGUGCAUGUCGUAUUCAUAACACCAUUCCUGAGUAACUGGUCAGUGAACUACAGUUGGUCGUUAUCGUCAUUAUUUUAGCACUGGCUAACAUAACCCGUUUGCUUUCGACGAGUCACCAAUAACACCCAGGUUUCUGUGGCGCAUUGUAACCACUGUUCUUUCGUUGUACUUCAUCAGACUCAUGAUUUUUUCAUCUUUUUAACUAUGUAACAGAAUGAAUCCAUCGGAUAUUUGAACGCACCCACUGUUGAAAUAAAUGCUAACAAUUACU